UGAUGUCUGAACCGCUUUAAUUGUUUUGUGGAAAGCGCUCGAUAUCUCUUCCAACCUACACAAGUUUCUCAGCCUCUCAACAAAUCCCACAACCCAGAAAAGCAAAAAGGAAAAAAGGAAAAAAUGUCUUCCCCAAGCAAACGCCGAGAAAUGGAUUUGAUGAAACUGAUGAUGAGUGAUUACAAGGUGGAGAUGAUCAAUGAUGGCAUGCAAGAAUUCUAUGUGAAUUUCCACGGGCCUACAGACAGUCCUUAUCAGGGUGGUCUGUGGAGGAUAAGAGUGGAGCUACCGGAUGCUUAUCCUUAUAAAUCUCCAUCUAUUGGCUUUGUCAACAAAAUCUACCACCCAAAUGUUGAUGAGAUGUCUGGCUCAGUUUGUUUAGAUGUUAUCAACCAGACCUGGAGCCCUAUGUUUGAUCUCGUUAAUAUCUUUGAAGUGUUCCUUCCACAACUUCUUUUGUAUCCCAACCCAUCAGAUCCAUUGAAUGGAGAAGCUGCUGCUCUAAUGAUGCGUGAUCGCGCUACUUAUGAAGUAAGAGUGAAAGAGUAUUGUGAGAAGUAUGCCAAACCAGAAGAUGUAGAGGCUGCCCCAGAGGAGAAAUCUAGUGAUGAGGAACUGAGUGAAGAUGAUUAUGCCUCCAGUGAUGAGGCCAUCGCUGGCCAAGCUGAUCUUUAGGUUCAUAAAUGAUUGCCCCACAAAUGCACUGUCUGUACAUGAUAAUUCAACUCCUGGAAAAUGAAACCAACCAAAAAACUGAAAGGCUUGCAGGAAAAAUUCCUGCUCACUCCCGUCUCUAUUUUCCAUGGUGUCUGUGUAAAUUAUUCAACUAUGAUUAAAUGUUUCAAAGAUUCAUUCACCAA